GUGCUCGCUAAACCAAUAAAAAAUAACCAAAUAUAACAUUAUCUAACAAAUUUUAUCUUUUACAAUAUCUCUCUAUCCUAAUUUCCUUCCUCACACAUACACUGCAAAUGAAUGAGCUUUGACAAACACUUUGAACCAAACCAAUUUCCAAAACAUUGAAACCACAAAUCAGAUUGAGGUUGCAACAAAACAUUACAAGGUUCAAUUUUUGAGUACUAUAUAUUAAAGGGUUAUUACAAAAGCAAGCAUGUCUUUGUCUCUUUCAUGUGCUAUCACAAAGCCAAUUUCAAAGUUCCAUAACAGCUUCAAAUAUCAACAACAAAAACCAAAUACUACAGUAACAUUGGUGAGGUGUGAAUCAAAAGAGUCAUCAGAAGAGAAUGAGUUGUUAGAAAAACGUUCAAAGUUGGAUAAAGGGUCUCCUGUUAUUAUCAUUGAAGCUCCAAAGAUGAUAAAGACUGCAGCUUCUGUCCCUUGCCUCAGGGUUAAUUCUGGCUUAGUAAAACCUGGCGAUGUUGGAAGAAUUGUUUCAAGAAAGCCAAAAGAUGUGUGGGCAGUGCGGCUUAGCAUUGGAACUUAUCUUAUUGAUGGGAAAUAUUUCAAGCCCUUAGAUCUGGCUGAGUAUAGCUGAAUGACACAAAUUGCUCUUUCUGGACUUUAUUUGCCAACUACUAGGUGGCUUUUUGGCAAUAUAAUAUUUUGCUAUGUUGUAUAAAUUAGUAACCUACUAUUAAUCGGUAUGUUAUUAUAAGUUUCUUUUGCAAUUUUUAAAUCUAUUGAAAAAAGAGAAUACCUUUGAUUUUGUGUUAUUCUGGAUCGCGAGGCUUAAACCAUCAACAAGUGAUUAAUGUACUUGCAAAAUGAAGUAUUAAAAUAUGAAUGAAUUCUUAUCGGCUAA